AUGGCUCUCCACAUCCUUCUAUCCCUUGCAGCUCUCAAUUUGUUUCUUCGUCACAAUGAGUUAAUCACAAUCUAUAUUCUUUUUUUAUUUGUUCUGACUUCUUCAUCGUUUUCUUUUUCUUAUUCACCUUCUUCUUCUUCAUCGUUAUAUUCUUUCUCUUCUCAUUCUUCUUCUUCAUCGUUGAUUUCUUUUUUUCUUAUUCACCUUCUUCUUCUUUUCUGCAUCUUCUUCUUUAUCGUUUUUCUUUCCCUUCUUCUUCUUCUUCAUCUUCUUCUUCCUCAUCGUCUUCUUCUUUUCCAUCUCUUCUUCUUCGUUUUCUUUUUCUUCUUCUUAGUCAUAGUCUUCUUUUGCUUCUUCUUUCUUUCUCUCCUCCUCCUCCUCCUCCUCUCCUUCUUCCCCUUCUUUGUCUUCUUUUCUUCAUUUUCUUCCUCAUCGUCUUCUUUUUUUUACUUUUUCUCCUCUUCUUCAUAUUCUUUUUCCUUCUUUGUCGUUGACGUCGUCCUCUUCUUCUUCUUCUUCUUCUUCUUCUUUUCUUUAUCAUCUUCUUUAUCGUUUUUCUUUUUCUUCUUCCUGUUCUUCUUCUUUCUUUCUUUAUCUUCUUCUUCGUCUUCUUCGUGUACUUCUUUUCUUCAUCUUCUUCUUCAUGAUUAUCAUCUUUUUCAUCUCCUCUUCUUUUUCUUCUUCUUAAUCACCGUCUUCUUUUUCCUCUUCUUUCUCUUCUCCUUCCCCUCCUCCUCUUCUUUUUCUUCCCCUUCUUUAUCUAUCUAUCUAUCUAUCUAUCUAUCUAUCUAUCUAUCACAGUCUGUUCAUAUCUAUCUAUCUAUCUAUCUAUCUAUCUAUCUAUCUAUCUAUCUAUCUAUCUAUCGCAUCUGUUCCUAUCUAUCUAUCUAUCUAUCUAUCUAUCUAUCUAUCUAUCUAUCUAUCUAUCUAUCUAUCGCAGUCUGUUCGUCUCUAUCUAUCUAUCGCAGUCUGUUUGUAUAUAUCUAUCUAUAUAUCGCAGAACAGCCUGUCCCUAUCUAUCUAUCUAUCUAUCUAUCUAUCUAUCUAUCUAUCUAUCUAUCUAUCUAUCCUAGUCUGUCUAUAUCUAUCAAUCCCAGUCUGUUUAUAUCUAUCUAUCUAUCUAUCUAUCUAUCUAUCUAUCUAUCUAUCUAUCUAUCUAUCUAUCUAUCCGUUCUUUCCUCCUCAAUGUCUUUCUCUCCGUUUUCUAUUUAUUUAUCUUACAUUGUUCAUAGCGGUCUUAAUUUGUUGGUACCUGACAAUCAUUCAAUAAAGAUAUCUACCUGCUUUGUUAACGUUUGCUUACACGGCUUCUCUCGCUUUCUUUCCAAACCGACUGUACAUGCCACCGCGCACUCACUCGAAUUUUCCAUUUCGACGUCACGCAUACAAGACGAACUCAAUUUUGUUCGUUCUUAUCGUCGAAAAUACAUCAAACUUUCUUCUCUUUCAUUUUUUUUUUCCUCCUAUCCUUUUCUCCGCUAA